AUGCCUAGCAAUCGCAACUACGACUUCUUGAUCAAGCUCCUUCUCAUUGGCGACUCCGGUGUUGGCAAGUCAUGCUGUCUGUUGCGAUUCAGCGAGGACUCCUUCACCCCGUCCUUCAUCACCACGAUUGGCAUCGACUUCAAGAUCAGGACAAUUGAGCUGGAUGGCAAGCGUGUCAAGCUACAGAUCUGGGACACUGCUGGCCAGGAGCGAUUCCGCACCAUCACCACUGCCUACUACCGUGGUGCCAUGGGCAUUCUGCUCGUCUACGAUGUCACCGACGAGCGAUCAUUCAGCAACAUUCGCACCUGGUUCCAAAACGUGGAGCAGCAUGCCACCGAAGGCGUCAACAAGAUCUUAAUCGGCAACAAGUGCGACUGGGAGGACAAGCGCGUUGUGUCCACGGAACAGGGCCAGGCACUGGCAGACGAGCUCGGCAUUCCUUUCCUCGAAGUCUCGGCCAAGAGCAACAUCAACAUUGACCAGGCCUUUUACAGCCUGGCUGCCGACAUCAAGAAGCGCCUCAUCGACAACCAGAAGACUGACACUGGAACCUCAUCCGGUGUCAACGUCGGAGAGAAGAACGACGCCGCCAGCGGCAAGUGCUGUUAA